UCUCCUCUCAAGGCAAGGCAAGGCAAGGCGAGGCAAGUGAGAGUCUCUCCAACCACACCAACAAAUCAUACCAAGAAACCAGACGAACACAAAGAGUCUGAAACGGAGAGACUCUCUUCCUCUUUCUCUCACUACAAUUGUGAAUCCAUUCUCUCUCUAUAAAGAGCCAACUAACCGAUCAAUUUUCUCGCCGGCCGGCCAAAGGUCUUUGGUUUCAUUGAUCCAGAACAACAACAACAACAACAUGCAAUCGAACUCGGUCAAGGUGUCGCCGUUCGAUUUGAUGACCGCUAUUCUGAAGGGAAAGGGAAUGGACCAGGCCAACGUGUCGUCAGAUUCCGGCGAGUGGCCGGCGCUUGCGAUGUUGAUCGAGAACCGAGAGCUGAUGGUGAUACUGACGACGUCCGUGGCGGUGUUGAUCGGGUGCUUCGUGGUGUUGGUUUGGCGUAGAUCUUCCGGUCAGAAGUCGGUGAAAGCAGUCGAAGCUCCGAAGCAGUUGUCGGUGAAGACCGAGCCGGAGCCGGAAGUAGAUGACGGUAAGAAGAAGGUCACGAUCUUCUUCGGCACACAGACAGGCACGGCCGAAGGUUUUGCGAAGGCACUAGCUGAGGAGGCAAAAGCUAGAUACGAAAAGGCGACGUUUAAAGUGAUUGAUAUGGAUGAUUACGCUGCUGAUGAUGAUGAAUAUGAGGAGAAGUUGAAGAAAGAAACUAUAGCAUUUUUCUUUCUGGCUACAUAUGGAGAUGGUGAGCCAACUGACAAUGCAGCAAGAUUUUAUAAAUGGUUUAUGGAGGGAAAAGAGAGAGGACAGUGGCUUCAGAAACUUCAUUUUGGAGUGUUUGGCCUCGGCAACAGGCAGUAUGAGCAUUUCAACAAGAUUGCAGUUGUGGUGGAUGAGAUCCUUGACGAGCAGGGUGGGAAGCGCCUUGUUCCAGUUGGUCUUGGAGAUGAUGAUCAAUGCAUUGAAGAUGACUUCACUGCAUGGAGAGAAUUAGUGUGGCCCGAGUUGGAUCAGUUGCUCCGGGGGGAUGAUGAUACAACUGUUGCUACUCCAUACACUGCUGCUGUAUUGGAAUAUCGGGUUGUUUACCAUGAUCACACAGAGACAUCAGUUUUGGACAGUAGCUGGAGUAAAUCAAAUGGGCACGCUGUUUUUGAUGCUCAACAUCCAUGCAGAUCUAAUGUUGCUGUGAAAAAGGAGCUCCACUCUCCUGCGUCUGAUCGUUCUUGCACUCAUCUGGAAUUCGACAUUUCUGGCACUGGGCUUGACUAUGAAACUGGUGACCAUGUUGGCGUCUACUGUGAGAAUCUGAUGGAAACUGUAGAGGAGGCUGAAAAGUUAUUUGAUUUGUCGCCAGAUACUUAUUUCUCCAUUCACACUGAUAACGAGGAUGGGACACCGCUUAGUGGAAGCUCCUUGCAACCUCCUUUCCCACCCUGCAAUUUAAGAACAGCGCUGACUCAAUAUGCGGAUCUUUUGAGUUCUCCCAAAAAGUCAGCUUUACUUGCUCUAGCAGCUCAUUCUUCUGAUCCCAGUGAAGCAGAUCGAUUGAGACAUCUUGCAUCUCCUGCUGGAAAGGAUGAAUAUGCACAAUGGGUUGUUGCAAGUCAGAGAAGCCUUCUUGAGGUCAUGGCAGCAUUCCCAUCAGCGAAGCCCCCCAUAGGAGUUUUCUUUGCGUCUGUUGCCCCACGCUUGCAGCCCAGAUACUAUUCAAUUUCUUCCUCCCCAAAGAUGGCACCAUCUAGAAUUCAUGUUACUUGUGCAUUAGUUUAUGAAAAAACACCAACGGGACGAAUUCAUAAAGGGGUGUGUUCAACUUGGAUGAAGAGUGCUGUGCCAUUAGAGGAAAGCCGUGAUUGCAGCUGGGCACCCAUUUUUGUCAGGCAAUCUAACUUCAAACUUCCUGCUGAUACUAAGGUGCCUAUUAUCAUGAUUGGCCCUGGUACCGGAUUGGCUCCUUUUAGGGGUUUCCUGCAGGAAAGAUUAGCUCUGAAAGAAGCAGGAGCAGAACUGGGUACUGCUGUAUUAUUCUUUGGAUGCAGGAACCGUAAUAUGGAUUUUAUCUAUGAGGAUGAGCUUAACCACUUCGUUCAAACUGGUGCACUUUCUGAGCUGAUUAUUGCUUUCUCACGUGAGGGGCCCACGAAGGAAUAUGUGCAACACAAAAUGACGGAGAAAGCUUCGGAUAUAUGGAACAUGAUAUCUCAAGGAGCAUACCUAUACGUUUGUGGUGAUGCCAAAGGCAUGGCCAGGGAUGUCCACCGAACUCUCCACACCAUUGCGCAGGAACAGGGAUCUCUCGACAGCUCAAAAGCAGAGAGCAUGGUGAAGAAUCUGCAAAUGACCAAUAGGUACUUGCGGGACGUGUGGUGAUCAUUCUUUCAGUUUAGCCCUUGGUAAAUACGAGAAGGAAGAAACUUAUAAUUAUACUUUGCUGAGGCCAACUUUUUGGGAUAAAAAAGUGGGAAGGCAAAGUGGGAAGACGGCCUUCCACUGCUAAUCGUAAGAAGGGAAGUGUGAGUGUUGUCAUUGUAAUUGUUGGUUGUGUACUCGUGUAAUUCUUUUUACUUGUCCUAUUUAAAGGAUUUUUUGGUCAUGUAAUUUUUAUCUACACAAUAUUUAGAAAUAAUAGCGCAAUAAGGUGAAAUUGUUCUAAUGAAUUAUUUUUAUUGAUUUA